CUGAGACGGCAGGGCGCCUGUAAACAGGUUUCAACAGCGCAGAGCAGAGAGAGGCUAUCAGGUUUGUCGGGGCAGCUAGAGCAGCAGAAGAACAUUGCGGAGUCCGGACCUGUGUGUUUGUGUAUAUUAGGUCGGAUUUUUUUCUCAAAAUUCUGUCAGUGAUAUUUUUUGAUUUUGGGGGACCUUCAACAUCUCUGCGCAACGGCCGGAGAAGCAAAAACAACCAAAAGUUACGCAGGAGGGGUGUACAUUUACAAGGAAAGAAAACCCAAACAAAGAAAGGGAGCGGGGAAGUAGUUUCUCGCUAGCUGGCGAGCUAGCUAGUUUUGGAAGAAACCGCAAAGAAAGUAUGUCUGUGGCCGUGCGUAAUGCUUUCGCAAUGGAUUAUAACAGAGUACUGUGUAUAUUUUUGCAGGUUUUUUUAUUGAUCAGUUUAGGAUCUAUAAGGGUAAAUGGACAGUAUGGCGACCGGGGAAUGUCUAUUCCGGAGCACGGCUUUUGCCAACCGAUUUCUAUUCCACUUUGUACGGACAUCGCAUACAACGAGACCAUCAUGCCAAAUUUACUAGGACACACAAACCAGGAGGAAGCAGGGCUCGAGGUACACCAGUUUUACCCGCUUGUGAAAGUUCAGUGUUCUCCUGAUUUAAAGUUUUUCCUCUGCUCCAUGUAUGCGCCUGUGUGCACGGUGCUUGAGCAGGCGCUUCCCCCGUGCAGGUCACUGUGCGAGAGGGCGAGACAGGGCUGCGAGGCGCUCAUGAACAAAUUCGGUUUUCAGUGGCCGGAAAGGCUCGUGUGCGAGUCUUUCCCGGUUCACGGAGCGGGCGAGCUGUGCGUCGGGCAGAAUAUGUCGGGUCAAAGCACACCGGUCAAUCCCACCCCCGAUGUAACGGAGCCUCCGUAUGAUACUGGGAUUGUAAAAGGACAGUUCAAGUGCCCGGCUUCGCUGAAAGUACCCACUUAUUUGAAUUACCGUUUUCUCGGUGAGGAUGACUGUGGCGCACCGUGCGAGCCAAAGAAAUCUAACGGAAUGAUGUACUUCCGCGAGGAAGAGUUAAAAUUCGCCAGGAUAUGGAUAGUAAUCUGGUCCGUGUUAUGUUGUGCAUCCACGUUAUUUACCGUUCUAACCUAUCUGGUGGACAUGAAGCGCUUCAGCUACCCUGAGCGUCCUAUUAUCUUCCUAUCCGGUUGCUACACCAUGGUAUCCAUUGCCUACAUAGCUGGAUUUCUCCUUGAGGACAAGGUGGUUUGCAAUGACAGGUUUGACAACGACAUUAGGACUGUGGUGCAGGGUACCAAAAAGGAGGGUUGUACCAUCCUCUUCAUGAUGUUGUAUUUUUUCAGCAUGGCCAGCUCCAUCUGGUGGGUCAUCCUGGCCCUCACCUGGUUCCUGGCAGCAGGGAUGAAGUGGGGUCACGAAGCCAUCGAGGCCAACUCGCAGUACUUCCACCUGGCGGCGUGGGCUGUGCCCGCCAUUAAAACCAUCACUAUCCUGGCGGUGGGACAGGUGGACGGGGAUGUCCUUAGCGGCGUGUGCUUCGUGGGCAUCAACAGCGUGGACGCUCUCCGAGGCUUCGUCCUGGCGCCGCUCUUUGUCUACCUCUUCAUCGGCACCUCGUUCCUCCUGGCCGGCUUCGUGUCUCUGUUCCGGAUCAGAACCAUCAUGAAGCACGACGGCACCAAGACGGAGAAGCUGGAGAAGCUGAUGGUGAGGAUAGGGAUCUUCAGCGUGCUCUACACCGUCCCCGCCACCAUCGUCAUCGCCUGCUACUUCUACGAGCAGGCCUUCCGGGAGCAGUGGGAGAGGACGUGGAUCAGCCAGACGUGUAAGACGUACGCCGUGCCCUGUCCGGCCCACCCACACCCCAACAUGAGCCCCGACUUCACCGUCUUCAUGAUCAAGUACCUCAUGACUCUGAUCGUGGGGAUAACGUCCGGGUUCUGGAUCUGGUCUGGGAAGACCCUCAACUCCUGGAAGAGGUUUUAUACGAGACUGGCUAACAACAACCAGGGAGAGACCACAGUGUGAAUGGUCUGAGUGGGGUGAGACCUCUAUGAUGGGUGUCCCCCACACACAUAAAAAACUGUUUAUUUACAGACUGAAUGAAUGAUAAUCGUUUUUGGACUUAAUUGCCAUGCAGAGACACUCAUUGGUACAUGAUGUUUCUAUUGUACAUAAAACAUUUUGUGAGAUUUUUGUAAGUAUAUAUUUGUAUUUAAAGAUCAAAAUUCUCUUUUUUAGUUGUUUCCCUCUAUUAAAACCAACAUUUAUUUGACACACUUUGGGCAUAAUGAAAAUGGACCUAAGUGAUAAAGCUAACUGAGCAUUUAGCACUAAGGAUGUGGUUGUCUUAGGACAUGAGUUGGCUUGGUCACUGCUGGGAGAGGGUUGUAGCUGUCUUUGAUCAGUAGACUGGCUCGGAACAUUGUUUCUAUGUCCUGUGAAAAACAAUUGCUUCCUCGUGGGUCCUUAUCCCCCAUUAUACUGUUGUUCUUUCUGUCCAGCUGUUCUCUUCUAUUCAACAUAUUUCCAAUGCCUAAAUGCCUGGCAUUUGAAGGUUAAAAAUACAAUCAACAUGUAUUUUAAAACGAGGUAUAGGUUUGGGAUUAUGUGUUCAACAUAUUUCUAAAUGCCUGGGAUUUGACGGUUAAAAAUGCAAUCAGCAUUAAAACGAGGUUUGGGAUUAUGUGUUCAACAUAUUUCUAAAUGCCUGGGAUUUGAUGGUUAAAAAUGCAAUCAGCAUUAAAACGAGGUUUGGGAUUAUGUGUUCAACAUAUUUCUAAAUGCCUGGGAUUUGACGGUUAAAAGUACAGUCAGCAUUAAAACGAGGUAUAGGUUUGGGAUUGUGUGUUCAACAUAUUUCUAAAUGCCUGGGAUUUGACGGUUAAAAAUGCAAUCAGCAUUAAAACGAGGUAUAGGUUUGGGAUUGUGUGCACAUGUACUGUGUAGCCUACAUGACAUGAAUCCUCCAAAUAAAAAAUGUUUUCAUAACCUCCAGUACUUUAAGCUAGAAUGAGAACAUUUAGCCCCAAAUUUAGCCCAAAUACUUUCACCAAAGUUAAAAGCCGUCUUUUGGUAAUUAGAACAAAAUAUUUGAAAAGAAUGAAAGUAAACCAUUUGCAGGAUCUUUUCAACAUUUUGUUUAUGUGUUUCAGACAUCCUUGCUGCCUAUUAACACAGAACAGACGCACGUUGUUUGUGCCUUUUGUUGACCUAUUUGAGCACUUUGAGGAGAAAUACUAGCCUGGUCCCAGAUCUGUUUGUGUUGUCUUGCCAACCCCGAAGGACCAUAGGAGUAGGCAGGACAGCACAAUCGGGUCUUGGACCAGGUUAGGGGAAUACAGAAUGCUGGACAGAGACAGCUCCGACUCAGAGGUGGGCUACGUAACACAUCAGCUGCACUCCCUAAUGCUUUCUCACAGACAGACAGCUGAAAUACCAAUCCUUCAUUGAUGAACAAGCUGAAAUACGUAGUAGCCUACUCUACAGCCGGCUGUAUAAUUGGCUUAUAAAAACUGAAAACAAAUAAAUAAUUGAAGGAGAUAGGGCAGUGCGUUUUGUAAUUUUCAGACCUACAGGUAAUCAGAGUCAGAAAAUGAAUAUUCCCCACAAGGUAAUUGUUGGCAAAAUGUUUUAACGAUUGGCCCAGGUGGCAGCUUGAAGCAGUCCCCUUUCACCCCUGAGUAAUUUCUCUCCUGGUUAAGUGUGUGUGUGGGUGGGUGGGUGUGGGUGCUAACCAUGCAGGAUGAGCAGCUGACUUUAGGCUUUAUAAAGGAAGACACCAUGAUCUGUCCCCACCUCACGCUUCUUCUGUUAUGUUCUUGUCAAAUGCAUGGAAGUUAUUUUACCCUAAAUGCAUGGAUGGCUCUCUAUUAAAGAACAUGUUCAUGCCUUUCACAUCUAUUAUGUUUAAUUCUGCUAUUCUGCAUUUGUUUGUUAUUAAAAACAUUAUAUUUAUAGAUACAUUUCUUUAUAUCCACACUGAUUACUUUAAAGAAUAAAAAAUCCCACCUUUGCACCAA